AGGGUCUCUGGGGAGGUUUUGGAAAAUGGAAGGAAAAAAAAAGUUCCAUUGAACAUUUUUCCUCCUUCUCUCCUUCCCUUCCCUCCCUUUGACAAACCAGACAACACAAAGAUCAAACCUUUUUUCUUUUCUUUUCUUUUUUUGUUCUUUUCCUUCCCUUUCUUUCUGCGUAAUUGUAGUAUUAUGAAGGAAAUGAUGAUACCAAUAAUGUUCCACAAAGAACCGCCUGUCUGAGUGUCUGUCUUCUCUCAUUAAAACAACGUCAUUUCCUUUUCUCUCUUUGGUUUUGACAUUCCCUUGCUCUCCCCGUUUUCGUUUUCGCUGCCAUGAUGAUCGGUGAUGUUAGAAUGUGUUGUUUACCUAGUGAAAACGAUAGCAUUCUGAAUAGGGAGAAUCAUCACUUGUGUUUGGGUUCGGGGCAAAUACCAGUGGUGGUAUCGACGUCGGAUCCUGCACCGAUUACAGAGGAGAACUGGGAGAGAGCAGAGGCAGUUAUAAGGGAUAUAUUAUGUAGAAUUCAUCCGACUGUUGAUGCGGAUUGUAAGAGAAGGAAGGUUGUGGAGUAUAUGCAGGGUCUUCUUAAAUCUUCCCUUGGAGUUGAGGUUUUUCCAUAUGGGUCAGUUCCAUUAAAGACAUACCUCCCAGAUGGAGAUAUUGAUUUGACUGCCAUUAGCAGUCUAGCUGCUGAGGGGGCAUUAUUCUCUGAUUUUCACGCUGUUUUGAAACGAGAAGAGCAGAGUAAGGAUAUUCCAUAUGAAGUGAAGGAUAUCUAUUGCAUUGAUGCUGAGGUUAAGCUUAUAAAAUGCAUUGUACAAAACAUGGUGGUAGAUAUAUCUUUCAAUCAAUUAGGAGGACUUUCUACCCUCUGUUUUCUUGAACAGAUUGAUCAGAUUGUUGGUAAAAAUCAUCUCUUCAAGCGCAGCAUCAUUCUCAUAAAAGCUUGGUGCUAUUAUGAGAGCCGUAUUCUUGGUGCCCAUCAUAGUUUAAUUUCCACAUAUGCUUUGGAAACACUUGUUUUAUACAUCUUCCAUGUAUUUCACUCUUCCCUAAAAGGGCCUUUGGCAGUUCUAUAUAAAUUUCUGGAAUACUUCAGCAAGUUUGAUUGGGAAAAUUAUUGCAUUAGCUUAAGUGGACCAGUUUGCAAAUCUUCUUUGCCUAACAUUGUUGCUGAGCCACCUGAAAGUGGGAGGGACAAAUUGUUGCUUAGUGAUGAAUUUCUUAGAAAAUGUGUGGAUAUGUUCUCAGUGCCAUCAAGGAAUCCUGAAAUGAAUUUGAGGCCUUUUCCUCAGAAGCAUUUGAACAUAGUUGAUCCUCUGAAAGAAAAUAACAACCUUGGGCGCAGUGUCAACAGAGGUAAUUUUUACCGAAUACAGAGUGCUUUCAAAUAUGGAGCAAGGAAGCUUGGCAUGAUUCUUUCAUUAUCGAAUGAGAAAAUGAUCAAUGAGCUCAACAAGUUCUUUGCAAGUACUUUGGAUAGGCAUGGAAGCAAUGAUUGGACUCAUGUGCAAAAUUCCUGCUUAGUAUCUAGUGCUACAAAUUCUGAUAAUUUAUCAUCAUCAUCACUCUCUGAUACAAGCUCUGAGGAUAAAUUACUUUUGAGAUCUACUGUUGGCUGCAGUAAUGAUCAACCUAGUGGGAGAUCUCAUAAUGCUUCUCAGUUGAAUUUUUCACGCCCAUGUGGAGAAAAUACAAAAUUUGAAAGUGAAAUCUCCGAUGAGAAAGCACAGCCAAAUUUUGUCACUAAUGGUGAAAUUAGCUGCAUUUUAAGGUCAGAAUCAAAAGAGAAUCAUUUUGUGAUUAACAAUUCAGCUUGUUCAUGUAUGAAGCAUGAUGUUGAAUCUCCUUCUAGCUCACUACUUCCUACUCUUGCCCAUAACAACUCUGAGAACCUAACCUCUACUCUUGGGGAAAUAGCCUUUGUUAGCAUUUCUGAGAACUCUCAAUCUUUCAAAUCAUUGUUAAACCUUAGUGGAGAUUAUAAGAGCCACUUAAGGGGCGUAUUAUUUGGUCUGUACUGUCAUUCUUAUGAUGUCUGUGCUCCAAUACUACUAUCUCCUCCUAUGCUACCUCAAUCUGAAAAUAAAAAACUAUGGAGAACUGUCUCCCAGUCCUUACAGUUGAAGGAGAAUGCUUAUUCUACAAAGAGAAAAGGUGUUCUGGGACAACAACGGUUCCCUUUGAAACCUUCAACAUCAUGUAGCUCUGCUUUCAAUUUUGAAGAAAAGCAACAACAUCGAGGAACUGGAACUUAUAUUCCCAACAUGGGUUAUCAUUCAAAUAGAACAGAGAAGAACCGGACCACACGAAUAAAUGGUAAGUUUUGUGGACACACUGAUGAUAAUGGUCUGGCUGCAACUUCACAAGAGACAGAGUCUUCUAAAUAUGGUCAUGUGCUAUCAGAGGCAGAGUACCCAUAUCUGGGGAAUGGAAAGCCUAUGCCAAUAGAAGUUCGGCUAUCUCAGCCAUCUGUUUGGGGUUCUUCCAAUGCCAGUGGCUUUUCUCAACCAUCAAAGGAAAGUGAUUCUGAUUGUCAGGGCAUUCACCAACAAGAAGGGUCGUUGCUAGAAAAUAACUCUCCACAGUAUUCGGACACUUCGUGCACUUGUGAUUCUACUUCAAGUCUUGUGGUAUUAGUAGCAGAUGCGACUGAAUCAGUUUUAGAGAACGACCAGGAAAGGGUUGCACUGCAGUCAUAUCAUUUGAAAGAUGAAGUUGAUUUUCCUCCUCUGUCCUACAGAAAAGCGCUCAAAACAUGUUAGUAUUAUAGAAUAUGGUAAGCAGAACUUUUAGAUACUAACAACUAUGCAGGUUUAGAAGGACUUGCCUUUUGUUUUCUUCUCAUUUUGCUCGGAGCUUGAUGUGGUCCUGACAUAGAGAAGCACAUUUGUAAAUUCCUCUGGUCCAUCUUCCUCCUUUACAGUAGGAUAUGAGUGCAAGUUUGACAGCAAUCCUAAGCCUCUGGGGACUUUUUAAUUGAGACAAUUUAAUUUCUUUUUUUGAACACCAUUGUCCCUGUGGGGACAUAGCUUUAUUUCUUAAAUUGAAUAGUAGAAAUUCCAGAUAAA